UAUCGUCCCACCAGAAUGGUUUUUACACUAAUAUAUAAAGUCUCACAACACAACCAACAGAAUCACCAUCUUGACUCUGCUAUUCUAAAACUACUACUACAGUAGCUCACAAGUCAUUACUUCCGAAAUACUUAAUAGUGUUCAUAAUUCUCCUUGAAAGGAAAAUGAGCUGGUCUGGAGGAGAUUGGAUGUGUGGUGUUUGCCAGCACAUAAAUUUCAAUAAGAGGGAAGUAUGCCAGAGUUGUGGAUACCCCAAGUAUGGUGUACCUGACCCUUCAACCUACAGAUACAACAGGACUGAAGCUUUGGCAGGGGACUGGUUCUGCAACUGUGGAGGUCACAACUAUGCCAGUCGAUCAAGGUGCUAUAAAUGUGGUGCAGUCAAAGAUCAUUACUCUUCGGUAUAUGGCAGCAAUUCUGGAGAAUAUGGAUCUGACACUUUCCCCCCAGGAUGGAAGACUGGAGACUGGCUUUGCCCAAGAAUAGGCUGUGGAGGGCAUAAUUAUGCUAGCAGAGAAGAAUGCUUUAAAUGCCAAAUGCCUAGGGAUUUUGGUGAGGGACUCUAACUUUUGACUAGAAGAAGAAAUUUCAGAUGACCAGCAACAUGAAUGAUUACCCUCAACUUUCUUCUUCAACGACAUUCUAUGAUAAAUCAUGGAUCAAGGCCCUCUGGAAUAGUCAUAGAAUUGCUUUUUCAUUAGGAUGAAAUAAGGAUGUUAUGUCAUAUUGCUUCUAAUUACUAGUUGUUGUUACAGGUAGUUUUGAAAAC